AAAAUUAAAAAGAUUUUUUUUUUUUUAAAUUUAUUAUUAUUAUUAUUAUUUUUUUCUUACGAUUUAAGCUUACAUGGCGGAAUAGGCUUUGGCAUACACUGCAUCACUAAUAAACGGAAAAUCGCAUUUUUUGGACUUACGUCAGUCUGGCUCUGAGGUGCAGAGUUUAAACGUAAAUUAUUAGUGCGUAUAUUGCAAUCGUAAUUAAAUAUGCCGUUUUAACCCCCCGCCCACAGCAUAAAACCCUGCUACUAAUUUAGUUUUUCAAAAGUUGGCAGCUCCGGUUAUAAAUAUAAAUUAAUUUUAUGAAACUAAACUUUUUUUUGUAAAAAUAACUAAACUUAUAGCUGCUGUUUUUGAAAAUGUCGAAAAACACAUUUCAAGUCUCACUGCACAAAUAAAUCUUUAUAAUUUAUGCAAAACAAGUUUUAAUGUAAAUGCAUGCAAUUGGAAUCAAAUUUAAUAUAGAUGGUGUUAUAGCACUUUAAAUACAGACAAAUAGAGAAAAGUAAAAAAAAAAAAAAAAAGGGGGAGGGGUAAUGCCGUGUGCAGGUAAACGGCAGUAUCUGCAUAAAUGAGUUUUCGAAAUAUAUUUGGAGAAACGCGUUUUGGAUUCAAUACUAACAAUAGGAAAAUGUUGGAAUUAGACGUCUUUUUCGCGCCCUUUUUUCAGCGGAAACCAAAUAGGCGAGCUUGUAUAAUAAGAUAAUGUACAACAGAUGACAAAAAAAAAAAAAAAAAAAAGCAAGAUGAAAAAUUUGCAGUUACUGCCCUUUACCUGCACACGGCAGUAUUGUGUAUGAGAUGAAAAUCAAAUGAAGGUUAAAUGAAGAAAAAAAAAAACCUUUUAAAAAAUCAGCCCUUAAAAAUAUUUAUUUGCAUUUUUUCGAUUAAAAUCAGAUUGGAAAAAAAAAUCGGGUUUUAAAAAUAAGUUUCACUUUUGUAAAUAGAGCUGCAAAAUACCCAUUUGAUAGCGUAAAUCUGAAAAUAGAAUAUCUUUUGUUUGGCAUGCAAAUAAUUUUCAACCAAUGAUGUUCCAAGUAGAUGGGUGAAAUACCAGUGAGUUGAAAGAAAAUAUUUCGGAUAUAAAGCUAUUCAGCGAUCUACUGUCACACAAUAUCAAAAAUAUUAUUAAUUUAUUUAAAAAUUUAAACAUAAAUUCUUUUUUGGCAUACUUUUAUGUCUCUAAUUGAUUUCUUAAACUGCUGAACCAAAGGUUGAAAACAUUCUUUCAACCGCUGCUUAUGUAGGAAAUAGAGAUAUAAAUGCUAGCGAUAAAACAAAACUGAAGAAAGGGUGUAUUGACUGAGAAAAGGGCAGAACUAGUGAGUUUUAGGUGAUUAGUCUUAGUGAUUUCUGAAAUUUUCUUCUGUAAUUAUUAUAUCAUAGAUUUAAAAAAAAAGAAGAGACAAUUGAUCUAAAUCAUUGAAAAUUCAAAUAAUUGACAACUUGCAAAAUACCGUUUCUCAUUUCUUUGAUAUUUUACUGUACCUUACGAAGCUCAAGAAAAAAAAAAAAUCAACUUUUGAGGUAACACUUGUUUCUUGCAUAAUCAUUGAAAAAAUUGUCGUACGAAUAGUUAACUUAAAGUCAAAGAAAACUAUGUGGGUCUCGCGGUCAGGAAAGCACGACGUUUUGAUGUUGCCUUUUUGUUCGCUGCGCGCUUAUCAUUCGUUUUGAGUAAAUUCUUCGAAACAAGGCGACAUUUCACUUUUAACUUAAGGUACCUUAAAUUGUGAAAGAGCCUCGUUAAUUGGACAAUUUAAAUGUUGUGUCGAGCACGUAAGCACUUUGAAAAUGAAACGAGAUCAUUUCUAAUUAAAGUUGCUUUAAUUUAUGCAGGCUGAAAUUUUGAAAACCGAAGGAGAGUAAUAUCCCAUUCUGUUUGCGAUGGAAGAACGCAGCUCUUCAAUAAUAUCCGAUUUGUGUCUUAGCAGAAGUGAUGGAGAUAGACAAAAAACGAAAGAACGUUUAAAGGAGGUGUUUAAGGCUUCCGAUGCCAACUUAGAACGAUUAAUGAAGGCGAAAUAUCGCGAUUUUUCGACCGUACUUGAUAUUACGAGCAAGAGCAAUCAAAACCAUUUCCGAUUCUAAAUCUAAAUGCCAUGCUCUGAAAGAACGUUUGUCUAAUUGUAUGCAUUUUCUACAAUGCCGACAAAACGACAUUCGAAGAUUGUGGAUAGAAUCGCUGCAGCAUAAGUACGUCCAUAGAUUAUUGGAAGAAAUCGAUUCCUUGAGGAAAGUUCCUGAAGAGUUGAACUCGAAUGUCAUGGACGAAAAACUACUGCAUUGUACAGAAGUGUUGGUUUCGUCCCUUAAACUUCUGAACGACCAGUUUGGAAAUAUUGAUGCCUUGAAGGAACUCAAAAAGGAAUUGAGUAAUUUUGGAGAAAAGCUGUAUUCUGUGUUGCUGGAAGAGCUGUUCAAAGAGUUGUAUACGUGUAAACUUGAGCCAUUUUAUGAAUGGCUGGGUUCGUACAAAGUUGCUGAUUCUGCCCGUGAGGAAUCAGCUGAUACUUUAUUGGGUAGAACCACCGAAACAGAAUGCAUCUUCAAUAUGAAUGCUGAUAAUAGUCGUGUUAUUGUAUUAUCGGAUUGCCUUAACAUGUUAGGGAAAAUUCCAGAUGCGGUAGACGUUUUAAAGGUAAAUUGCCAGAAGGAACUCUUGGCUUUAGCAAAUAGAGCUUCUAUGUUCAUGAAAGAUAGUAUCGAGAGCCAUUCUGAACUACACGUUUUAGAAUUGUCUAAUUGGAAACAGCAGUUAGUCUUGUAUGAUCUUCUGAAUGCUGUACUCAAUAUUUUUAGACAAGUGUCUUCUAAUCAUAAGAUGUUUUUAAAUGUUUUGCAGAAAUUGUCCGAGGUUGAACAGCUUACUGAAUCAACCUACGAAAUGGCUGACUUUUACUCUAAAGCUCAGUCUGCCAUCGAAUAUUUUGUCAGCUUUUAUUUGGAAUCUCGUGAGCCGACCAGUUCGUUUGGUCGUAGUGCUUCUUUUCUCGCUAAUUCACGGAACAUGAAUGAACUGGCAGAGCUUUUUGACUCUAGUCCACAAAAAGAAAUUAGACUGCCAUCUAUGUUCAAAUUUAAAGAGCAGAACAUACUUAGCAUUUCUUGGGCAAAAGAUCGAGACAUCAGACGACUGUUGAAAUCCUAUUCAAAUUGGAAGCAUCUUCUCUUUGCUGAGAACAAUGAUGUCAUUAAAGCACCAGAAGAUAUUCGACGCCGGAAUAAGGAAGAAUCCGAUUUGCUCAUUCGAAACUUGAACUCGGAAGAACAGGCUUCAUGGGACAUAAUUACUAACUUCAACAAACUGUUGAAUAUUGCUUUAUUAGAAGAAAGCCUAGAUUGGUUAUUGGAGAAAUUCGCGGUUUUGAUUCAAUUUGUAAAUGACACACUCUCUACGAUCUCGUCUGCCGCGGAAUGUUUCUUCACAGAGGCUGAAGAGAAAGUCUGCCCUGAAUACGCAGUUGGUGGUCUGAUGAAGUUGAAGAAAGAGUAUGAAGACUUUCAAGAUAUGUGUCUUGUAGCACUACACUUGGAAGUUAGGGCUCAUUGUUUCCGCCACCUGCUUCCCUUUUCUGACCAGACUAACUACCUCGAAAGAAAUUACAGCAAAGAAUACAGUAUCGCAGUGAAGAGCCUAUCUGACGAAUUACUUAAAGUGGAUGAAAUUUUGCUCCCCAUUCUGGAUGCGAAGAAACUGACAUACAUUUUCGAAGGUCUCGGCGAGUUGAUAUCAUCCAUUUUGAUUCACAAUAUCACGAAUUUGCACAAAAUAAGUGACGCCAUUUUGCUGCAAAUGGGUCGCAGUAUUUUCGUAAUCCAGUGCUGUUUGGGUAACAUCACCAUGACAAGAGGAGUCUUUGGAGGAGAGACUUUGGAUAGAGCGAGACAAUAUAUCGAGCUCUUUCAUCUGAGCUGUGAAGAAAUUCUGAGCAGAAUUGUUGAAGAGGGUCCAAAAUUUCAAGAAUCUGAAUAUGCCUCUGUUCUUAGGCUUUUGUGUCCUCCUGCUGAUCAAUCAAACUCGAAUGAAAUGUUGGAAAUUUAUUGCGACAAGCUAAAUCGUUUGUUUGAAGGAGUUGGCACCUCCAUUUAA